UUUGUUAACGUUAGCUUUAGCUCUCAAACCGCAAACAAGAUAAAAAAUAUAUCUCAAAAACACAGAUUUUAACUACUUACCAACAGCGGAGCUACAACCAGCAGAGGGAAAUCAGACUGAGAGCCCCCAAAACCAGAACCAGGACCAGGACCAGGACCAGGACCACCUGCCACCUCCACGGCGUCUUUCCUCAGCAACAAGGACAGUAAAAGACCGUAAACAUACCAACUCCGCUUCACCUCUAUGUCUCAUUCAAACUCAUGAUGUGUUUACUGUGUCUGUGCUGCGCUGUGUUUGUGUAGAUUUUAUUUUUUGUUAACUGUACAUAUAUAUCCUGUUAAUACAGACACACAGUUUACAUUCAGAUGUAGAUUUAUAUCUACACUGAUCUUCAUACUUCUAUUUAUAUUCUGCUUUUUUUGCACACACACAGUGUUUUAUCAUGUAAAUAAUAAAAAGGCUGAUACUCAGAACACUGUCGGACAAUACUUUACUGUAUUCAUUUUGUCUUAUUCUUUGUAUAAAACGCCUCUAGUGAGUAAAAGUGAGCGUUAGACGCAGACGGAUAAAGGAGGGAGUGAAACAUCUCGCUUCAACAGAGAUGAAACCAGAUGUGACCCGGAUGAAGAACUACGUCACUUCCGCUAUCAACAACGUGCACGGGCGCACAUGUACCGUGCGGAGCUACAGAAAACAGAUUAAGGAACGAUCACCAUGACGUCGUUGGCUCACCAGCUGAAGAGGCUCGCGCUGCCUCAGAGCGACGCCAACCUGCUGACGCGCAGAGAGGUCGCCUCGCUGCUCUUCGACCCCAAAGAUGCUGCUUCCAUGGACAGGAGCACCUUCUACGCCCUCGGCUGCACGGGGCUGGAGGAGCUGCUGGGAAUCGAACCGGUGUUCUCGGAGUUUCAGGACACUCUGUUCAGCCGGGCGUCGCUGACUCUGGAGCGCAGCGUCCAGUCGAAGGAGGUCAACGAGAAGCUGGACGCCGGCAUCUCUCUGUUCCUCACCCGCCUCUGCCCGUACUUCCUCCUCAAACCGGCUCACAAGUGCAUCGAGUGGCUGGUUCACCGCUUCCACAUCCAGCUCUAUAACGCUCACAGUCUGCUGGCGUGCGCGCUGCCGUAUCACGACACCAACGUGUUCGUCAGAGUUCUGCAGCUCCUCAAGAUCAAAGACGCCACAAACCGCUGGAGCUGGUUGCACUGCCUGCAGAAACCCGGCAUGCCGCUGGCCAGAGGAACUCUGAUCACUCACUGCUACACAGACCUGAGCUUCAUGGACUUCAUCUGCACCAUGGUCACCAGGUCCAUCCAGGCGUACUCGGGUCACUCCGGCACUUCCUCUCAGCUCAGAGUGAUCUUCUCCUUCUACGCCUCCACCAUCGUUCCCGCUCUGGACGCCGUGGACAAAGUGUCCGACACCAUCAUAUCCAAACUGCUGCCGUACGUCCAGAAGGGUCUGAAGUCGUCGCUGUCGGACUACAAGGCCGCCACCUACAUGAUCGUGUGCCAGCUGGCGGUGAAGGUGGUGAUGGAGGCGAGUCUGGUCGACACCCUCGCCGUCCACAUCAGCAAGUCUCUGCUCAAAGAGCCCGUGCUGGCUAAAGAGGGCGUUGGCUGCCUCAUCGUGCUGCUGCAGAACCAGAAGGAGGGCGCCGCCGGGUCCAGAUUCUGCAGCCGUCUGUGCUCGAUGCCGCCGCUGGUUCCCACGCUGCAGGUCAUGGCGGCGACUCACGACGUCAGUCCUCUGCUGCGAUACCUGCUGCCUCACCUGAUCCACGCCGCGCUCAGCAGCAGCAGCAGCAGCUCCGGUGAGACGGACGAGCUCGCCGUGUUGGAGUCCGUCCUGCAGUCGGUUCCUCUGACGAAGGGUCUCGACCAGACCGCAGCUCGGUUGCUGCUGGACGAGUAUCUGAGUCAGACUGAACUCUCUGCUGAAAACAUCUCGGCUCUCGACCAGCGUCUGCUGCCUCUGGUUCGACUGUUCGAGUCCAAGUACUGCGGAGCUCUGGACGGCGUCCUCUCAGGUCACGUGACCGACGUCAGCGGCGCCGAGCAGAAACAUCUCUUCCACCGGUUCCUGUCUCUGUCCAUGAGCAGCGGAAAACACCAGAUUUUGGGCGACUCGGACACGUCGCUGCUCCUCAGUCUGAAACACCCGCAGCCUUCAGUCCGAGUCUCCGCUGUGGAGCAUCUGAUGGGCAUCAUCACCUCCGCACAGCAUCAGAGUCUGGACGAAGGCUUCCUGAGAGACGCCGUCACGGACCGCUUGAGGGACGACGUGCCGGCCGUCGUAUCCGCCGCUCUCAAAGUCCUGGAGAUGCUGUUUGAUGUUUUGGACACUGAAGACAUCCUGUCAUGUUUACUGUCACUGCUGCACAGAACUGAUCUGUCCGUGGCUGAACACUGGCUGCCGGUGCUGACGGAGGUGGUGCGUUUACUGUCUGACCCCCGGCUGGGAAAGGGGGACGCCGAGCUGGUGCAGAGGGCGGGCUGGAGGCUGCUGCCCUUCCUGGUGAUCACCGCCGGGCGGCCGGACUCCGCCCAGCUCCGCCUCACUUCCUGCAUCGCUCGAAGCGCCAUCGUCAGCCAACACCCGCUCACCCUGAACUGGGCUGAAGAGCUGGAGGAAGUGAUGAAGAGCAGCUCUGAACCCGACUUCGUAGGUUUGGCCAACCAGCGUCUGGUCUCCACGCUGACCAAGAACCUGGCGAACAUGGAGCACUUCUCCAAACGGGACGCGCUGGAGAAGUUGGCUCAGUCGGUGGAGCAGCAGCGCGGCUCCGGUCUCAGAGAGAGGACGUCCCUCCUGGUUCUGACCCGGACUCUGCUGCUCAGCCUGGGCGAGCUGAGCGAGACCCAGCACCUGCUCACCGCUCAGAGGGUCUACACGCUGCUGGAGGCCCCCCUGCUGGAGCUCGCCAAGGACGACGACGCACAGGAAGCUGAGCGUCCCGACGCCGUCCCCGCCUCUUUCUCUGAAGCUCUGACUCUGUACCUGAGCAGGUGUGGGCAGCAGCCGGGCGAGAGGCUGGACCGAGAGUACAGCUUCACUCUGAUCUCUCUGCUCAGAGACUUCAUCUCCUCUCUCAGGUGUCCUGACGCCUCCUUCAAAGGUGAGGUUUGGUGGAACCCGGAGAGGUUGGACACAAACACCUGCUGCUACCUCGGACUCAUCUGUCGCCUCUUCAGUCUCGUCAUCAGCGGCGCCGGCGACGGGCCGACAGCCGGCAGCUUCAGAGAGUUAAUGAAACUACUCGUCCAGGUUCACCUGCGGGAGCCGGCGAUGCUCUUCAGGUUCCUGUGCAUGCUGUGGGGAUACGGCAGUAACCAUGGAGACCAGCUGGACGUGAAGGUGGGCGCCGUCCUGCAGACUCAGGCUCUCUACAUGGGCAGAGCUCUGCUGAGCGCUCAGCCGGCCACCACGCUGACCCAGCUGACGGCUGCCGACUCGCCAGUGGUCCCGUCCUUGCUGUGUUGUCUCAGCUCGCCGGUUCGGGAGGUCCGGAGGGCGGCGCUCGGCGCGCUGCAGAGCCUAUCAGGAGCCGACGCCUCCCCCUUCCAGCCAAUCACAGAGAAGCUCCUGAAGACCUCGGAGGAGAUCAUGGCCGACCCGUCGUACCUGAGCACGGCUCUGGGCGUUCUUCAUGAGGAGUCUUUGUCGGCUAAAGUGAAGUCGCAGCAGAAGAAGCUGCAGUCGUCGCUGCAGCAGCUGCUGCAGAGCGUUCAGACUCCCUGCUGCCCGUCGUACAGCGCCGCCGGCCUGCUGAGAGCGCUGAGCCACGUCAACGGACAGUCCGUCCUGUCCGCCCUGCUUCCCGUUCUGGAUCGGCUCCUGGAGCAGAGCGGCCCCGACACCCCCACCCUGCUGCGAGCCGAGGCCCAGCUCAUGCAGCUCAUCCUGGGGAAGUACGACGAGGCGUCGGCCCCCCUGCUGGCCGAGGACCAGAACUGUCUGGAUCUGUUCAUCAGAGCUCUGAGGACCCCGACCCUGCCGCACCCCGACGUCCCCAGCUGCCAGAUCAUCGCCCUGGAGCAGAUCUCGAAGUCGUUCUUCUCGGCGCUCGGAGACGAGAAGGUUCAGCAGAAGCUUCUGUCGGUGAUGUUCGACCUGCUGGUGGAGAGCAGGAGUCCUCCGGUGGCCAACGCCAUCAGCAGCGCCUUUAAAGGGAUCGCCGUCGACGGUCAGCUGGUAGCCAAUGAGCUCGCUCCGCCUGAGAAACCCAAAGUCAGUGUGACGGUGCAGCAAACCCGCAGGAGCAAAAUGCUGCAGAGGAAACCGGAGGAGGGCGGUGAUGUGGGACCACAGGGGGGCGCUGUGUCCUGGCAGAGAGUCACUCUGAUCCUGGAGCUGCUGCAGCACAAGAAGAAGCUGAAGAGAGCCCAGACGCUGGUGCCGGUUCUGUUCUCUCUGCUCUCCAGGAGUCUUGAAGCGUCUUCAGGUGACGACACCAACAGAGAGUACACCAAGCAGCUGCUGCUCAGCUGUCUGCUCAACGUCUGCAACAAACUGUCUCCUGAUGGAGCUCCUGUAGGGACAGACGUUCUGGAUGAAGAUAAGUUCAGUGUUGAGUUGGUGGUUCAGUGUAUCAGAGCGUCCGACAUGCCGCAGACUCACCAUCACGCUCUGCUGCUGCUGGGCACCGUCGCCUCCAUCUUCCCCGAGAAAGUCCUGCACAACAUCAUGCCCAUCUUCACCUUCAUGGGAGCCAACAUCAUGCGUCUGGACGACGCCUACAGCUUCAGAGUCAUCGACAAGACGGUGCAGAUGGUCAUACCUGCUCUGAUCCAGGCCCAGCAGCUCUCCGACGGCCGGUCUUCGGCUCACGUGGACGCCGUGGUGACGAGGAUCGCGCACGUGUUCGCCGACGCGCUGCCUCAUGUCCCCGAGCACCGGCGUCUGCCCAUCCUCACUCAGCUGGUGACCACGCUGGGUCCCGCCCGCUUCCUCUGGGUCCUAAUGCUCCUGCUGUUCAAGCUGCACGCCACGCAGACCGCCAGCUCCGUGAGCGAGAAGGAUGCAGCUCUGGAGAGAGACGUGGACUUCUGGAUUUCUCUGUGUUGUCAGUUUGAGGUGACGGAGCAGCUCACCUCCAUCAUCAACAUCCUGCACUUCCUGCUGCAGCUGCCCGACGACAAAGACGACGCUCCAGCGAAGCGUCCCGUCGGCCGGCGAGGAGCCAAGAAGAAGGAGGAGGAAGAGGAGAAGGUGGAGGAGCUGAUCUUCAGCCUGGAGGCUCACAGCAGCAAAGAGCUGCGACACUUCAAGUUCCUCUCCGUCUCCUUCAUGGCUCAGCUGCUCGGCUCGGCCAGCUUCAUCGGGAAGGUGUCAGACGGCGGCGACGUCGUUGACGAGUCUCUUCAGCAGCUGCAGCAGCGGCUGCUGGAGGAGAUCCUGCGUUACAUCCAGAGCGUCGCUCGCUGCGUGGAGGAGAACGCCGACAAGCCCACCGCCAAGUUCUGGAGAGUUCUGCUGAAUAAAGCCUACGAUGUUCUGGAUAAGGUGAAUGCCUUGUUGCCCACGGAUACCUUCAUCACAGUGAUGAGAGGGCUGAUGGGAAAUCAGCUGCCGUCCGUCAGGAGGAAGGCCAUGGAGCUGCUGAACAACAAGCUGCAGCACAGGACGCAGUGGGAGGAACAACAGGUCACCGCGCUCUUACAGCUGACUGGCGACCUGCUGAGCAUUGUGGGUAAAAGUCACGCUAAGGUGAUGGAGGAGGAGGAGGAGGCGGAGCAGGCCAUCAACCGGCAGACGGCGCUCUACAGCCUCAAGCUGCUCUGCCGCAGUUUCGGCUCCGACCACCAGGAGGCGUUCGUCCCCGUCCUGCUGAAGACGGUGGACGUCGUCACGUCACCCGAAGAAGAGAAGAACGUGACGGGCAGCGCUCUGCUCUGCAUCGCGGAGGUGGUCAGCACGCUCAAAGCCCUCGCCAUCCCGCAGCUGCCGAGGUUGAUGCCGGCGGUGCUGCUCACGCUGACAGACAGGAAGGAGCUGCUGACCAAUGAGAUCUACCUGCUGAGCGCCGUCACCGCCCUCCAGCGCGUCACAGAGACGCUGCCGCACUUCAUCAGCCCCUACCUGCAGGACACCACCUUACAGGUGUGUCGGCUGACUCGGCUAGUCGAGGCCUCCUCCUCCUCUUCUUCUUCCUCCUCCGUCACCGCUCAGCUGUCGGUGCGUCUCGCCUCGCUGAGGAGCACCUUGGCCACCAAGCUGCCCCCCAGGGUCCUACUGCCCACCGUCACCAAGUGCUACAGCGUCAUGGUCGUGGACAGGAAGGGCCAGCUGGGGGCGCUGAUGAGCAUCCUGAAGGAACACAUCGCUCACAUGGAGAAAGAUCAGCUCAACUUCCACCAAUCAGAGCUCACCACCUUCUUCCUCGCCGCCCUGGACUUCAGAGCCGAGCACUGCCAGGGUGAUCUGGAGAAGACGGCGCAGAUCGAGGGCUCCGUGAUCGACUGUCUGCUCGUCAUGGUGAUGAAGCUGUCCGAGGUCACGUUCAGGCCGCUCUUCUUCAAGCUGUUCGACUGGAGUAAAUCUGAAGCAGGAAGUAAAGAGCGUAUGCUGACCUUCUACCGACUGUCUGACUGCAUCGCCGAGCGGCUCAAAGGCCUGUUCGUCCUGUUCGCAGGAAACCUGGUGAAAGCGUUCGCAGACCUCCUCCGACAGACCAACGUCUCCAAGACAGACGAGUCGUUGUUUGACUCGGAGCGCGGCGUCGAGAAGAGCGCUCUGCUGCUCCAGUACGUCCUCGACUGCCUCCACAAGAUCUUCCUGUACGACACGCAGCGCUUCCUCAGCAAGGAGCGAGCCGACGCCCUGCUGGGCCCGCUGGUCGACCAGGUGGAGAACACUCUGGGUGGAGACCAGGUCUACCAGCAGAGGGUGACCAGACACCUGGUUCCCUGUGUGGGUCAGUUCUCUGUGGCGCUGGCUGACGACACUCAGUGGAAGACCCUCAACUACCAGAUCCUCCUGAAGACCAGACACACCAACGCCAAGGUGCGUUUCUCCUCCCUGUUGGUGCUGAUGGAGCUGGCAGCCAAGCUGAAGGAGAACUACAUGGUGCUGCUGCCAGAGACCAUCCCCUUCCUGGCCGAACUGAUGGAGGAUGAGUGUGAGGAGGUGGAGCAGCAGGUUCAGAAGGUCGUUCAGGAGAUGGAGAACAUCCUGGGAGAGCCGCUGCAGAGCUACUUCUAACACACACAUAUACAGUAUACACACACACACACACACUCAUAUAUAUAUAUAUAUAUAUAUAUGAGUGUGUGUGUGUGUGUGUACAGCCAGAGAGGAUCUGCUCUGUGAAGUCACACCAGGAAUAAAAGUUAUUACAUAAAGAGUUUUAAACAUGAAGUCAUUUAUCAGCCUGAUCUUGUGUGAAAUUUGUACUUUUUCCUUUGAUUUGUACAAUAAAUAAAUAUCGGAUCAUCUGCUCCA